CUUAGCUUUGAUCAGUAUCCCGACAACUACUACUACUCAUCAAUGUCUUACGAAAACGUUCGUUCUGCAUCUCACGCAGGCAGCUGGUAUCCUGGCGAUGGCACCAUCCUUAAUGACGAGCUCAGUGGCUGGCUUUCUGCGGUGAACCCAGAUGAGCCUUAUCCUAUCCAAGGCUGUAAGGCCGUCAUAGCGCCCCAUGCUGGAUACGCCUAUUCAGGUCCUGCAGCUGCCUGGGCAUACAAGAGCAUCGAUACCAAACUAAUUAAACGGGUGUUUAUCCUCGGUCCCUCGCACCACCUGUACAUCCAAGGUUGCGCACUGUCGGGGUGCGAGCAGUACGAUACGCCUAUUGGGAACUUGCCUUUAGAUCUCGAUACGAUCCAGGAACUGAGAGCUACGAACCGAUUCGAGGCCUUGGCUCACGAAGACGAUGAGGCGGAGCAUAGUCUUGAGAUGCAUCUUCCGUACGUCAGGAAGAUGUUCCAAGGGAAAGAUAUAUCCAUUGUUCCUAUUGUCGUUGGCUCCGUUACCAAGGAAGAAGAAACAGCCUAUGGUGCUCUGCUAGCUCCCUAUCUCGCCCGUGAAGACACCUUUUGCGUCGUAUCAAGUGACUUCUGUCAUUGGGGUACUCGAUUCUCAUAUACCUUCUAUUAUCCCUCCUCGACACCGGGGACGGCCGGAGUCCGUUUAUCCCGCUCAUCGUCGACAAGUACGAACCCUAUCCACACCUCCAUCCGUCAACUUGACCACGAAGCAAUGAAUAUCCUCACGCUGCCACCAGCAGAGGCGCACACCAGGUUCGCGGCAUACCUUUCCAAGACCAAGAACACGAUAUGUGGCAGGCAUCCUAUCGGUGUACUGCUGGGUGCUAUGGCGACACUGGGGAAAGAGUCGAAGCUGAAGUGGGUACGUUAUGAGCAGAGCAGUGCUUGCGAAACACUGAGGGACUCAAGUGUAAGUUAUGCAAGCGCAUGGGUGACAUUCUAAGUAUGUGUGUAUAAAUACAAAUUUAAUAGACGUCAUCUACAGACUACUUGUAACGCCAAUCACAUUCAAAUUUUUGCUUAC